CUUAUCUUGCCCCAUCACCACCAGCACUGUACUGCAGAGUCGACUCCUCACGAUGUUCAACAACUCACAUCAUUUGAAUUUCGGAAACGCAAACUUCAGUAUCGUCCACGGAAAUCAGAUCAUUGUCCGUGGUCUUCAGCACGAACAUCAAGUUGCCGGUCCGGGGGAGGAAGAAUGGAAAGUGAAGCUGUCUCGGGAGUAUGACCGAUUUCCUGCAGGGAGAAUCAGGAUCCUCAAAACUUUCACUGAAAAUAGAGCGUGGCGAGGAGAAUAUGAAGACGAAUCUGUAAAUCUCAGUUGGGACGAAGGACGGGACAAUUCGAGAGCGAAACGGACCACACACCUGGCUUGUCUUGUCGAAGGGAUGAGCGAGUCUUUGCCUUUCUUCAGUAUCGCAUACACUGGACCCGAUGCACAGAAGGUAUUCAAGCAGGAUUGCCUCAGAUAUUCACGAAACCGGUAUGGAAAUGUCGCACAGCUACGAGGUUUUAAUGACUCGGAUAUUCCGAUGGUUUUAUUUCACGAAGAACUCAUUCCAGUACAACAUAUUCAACGGCACCAUAAAUACUCAACGGCUCUGCAAUGCUAUCUCUCUCUCCAAGCCAGCAUUGCAAAGAAGAACCUGCCUGAAUGGUGUCCGACGGAGUGGAUUUCAUAUUAUUGCAAAAAUGUGUGGAUUCAACCAAGAAAUGGAAGAAUAUCUUUCGGCCCAGCCGGACCAAGGCCUGAUUUCUUUCACGUCGACCCUCACUGGUAUCCCGCGUGGCAGCUCGCAAGUUGCUCAGACAUUCCGGUCCUUCACCCUGCGACGUACAGCGCCGAUCGUAUUACCGAGUACCUGUUCAAGUAUUGCUCGGAUCAACUCUUCUUGGACCUUCUCGACUUGACACGCACACGGAGCAACAUGUAUCCAAAAACAGAAGACUGGCCGCGUCAUACAUGUCAUGUUUGGGAUCGCUUUUCUGGCCGACCGCUUGCAAGAUUCCGGUCCGGAUGGACGUACAAAACAGAUUAUUCCUGGCAUGCUGAAUGGUAUCUCCACCCAAUCACGAUGGAAGAUGGAAGGAUACGCCUUUCUAUAAAUUCGACAUCGCAAGGAAAAUCCCAAAUUUGGACUAGGUUUCAAUUUAAUGUAGAUAUUCCAUGGCAUCAGGAAUGUCACGGAUGGCACGGAUGGCUAUCUCAAGCGUGCAGCAUUUUCAACACGUUGAAUAUACCAAAGGAUAAAUGGUCAGACUACCGUCAGCUGCGUUCCUGAUUCCAUUGAAUAUGAUGCCUUCCUGACACUUGAUAGAUUUUAUUGACGAGCUUGUCUUGUAUCUUGAUCUCUGUACCUUUGAUCAUGACGUUGAAGACGACUUUGACACGAUUGCCCCCAAUAUCAACGAACACGACUGUUACCUGUUUCUACAUCCUCCACCACGAUUUCCUGGUGGAUUUCCCGACAUACAUGCAUGGAUGUCAGGGAAUAAUUUGUACUAUUAUUCCUUGGAUCCUAACGGGAAAUCUGUCAUGACAGAAUCCCAACGUUUGUCAUGUCGGCCCCCUCCCAUUAUUGCAAACGUAAACACUGAUGGUCGCUUCUGGAACUCUGAUGUGUACGAUUUAAUCUCGGCAUGGCAAGAGAAGAAAGGCUUCGAUCCCACCACGACGGGCUUUGCUCGUUCUUUGGCCCUCCCUAUUAUGGAAGUAAUAUAUUCUGCGGAUGAUGGUCAUUUUGAGGAUCUCUUCGAAGACACAUACUCAACGUCGCCUUAUACAGAUGGUGUCGGCAUUGGAGAUGAGGGAGCCAUGGACGUAGACUCGCGGACACCUCAUUCCCACUUACAGAAUAAUGGCUCAGCAUUUAGUCGGUUCCGAUCCGUAGACGAUGAGGAUGUGGAGAUGAUGGUGGAUGAUGUCGAUGAUUCCUUGUUCAUGGACACAGAUUGGAAGUGGCCCUCUGACAGGUGGUAGCAUCAAUAGGCUGAUCUAACUGCAGAAGCAUCGACGUUCCUUGUUGCCCAACAUCUACUCGAGCACCCAUACUCAACCUUUGCCCUUUUAAACACCCCAGUUCACCGAGUGCCGACUUAGUGAUACAAGAAUUACAUUACUCUAUACCCUCACUCUACAGACAGUUUCCGGAUCCAGCUCUUCUGCGAUGCGUUCAACUCGCAGCUUCCUUGCCCUUUCCGCUCUGGUUGCCUUAGUUUCGGCUGGAACGCAGCUCGAAUUCCCUAAUAACGGAUGUGACUCAGUAUUCACCGGCUCCCUUUGUAAAACUCACUCGCUUGAGGUCUUCCACUCGUAGUCCCCGCUGCAUCGCUGCAUCCAAGACUCCCGGUGGAACGCCUUUCACUCAGCGUCGAGAAGUACAUCAGGUGUGCCCAUCCAUCCAUCCAUACCCGACAUCGUUCCUCCCAACCAACGCUGUCUUCUUUCAUGCACCAACUAUUAAUCAUACCCAACCCGAGGAGCGCUUCCCCCGCACUCUCGUUACCUCCAACAUGACCACGACCCUUUCUCCCGUUCAACAUCAUUUACGACGUAUUUCGCACCUUAUCGCAACGACAACACUACGGUUUGGUAUGCAAGGCGACUCUCUCCCCCGACAUGGUACCAAUCUCUCCUUCCUUUUUUUCACCUCAUGUCGAUCUCCGAGCCAUCUCGACUUGCACUGUCGGAUUCCUGGUUGAUCAUCCACUCGGAUCAUUGGGCGACUGGACAGUGCGAUAGUAGACAGGAGGCUCCAAGUAUCGAAUUACUGUACUCCAAACCAUAUGUCCGCACUCGUAACAGUAGCAACC